UUGCUGACUUCAGAGCAGUGAUACUCCGCAGUUGUGGAUUCGUCUCUCUUGCAUUUAUUUUGAUCACAGUUCAUUGUUAUUUGUUUAAGUCGUGUUUAUUUUACUUUUUGGAGAAAUAAUUUCAUUAAUAAAAUUAAAAUGUCUAAAGAAAGUGAUGAUGAAGAAUAUGAGAAAUAUGUAAAAGAUCCAAGAAUCCCGUGUCAAUAUGGCGUAAAAUGUUAUCAAAAGAAUCCGAUGCAUCACAAUAAAUACAAACACCCGCCAAAAACCGGACAGCAAAAAACAAAAAAACAUGUGAAAAAGGGUGGAAUAAAAAGAAAGGCAGAUGAAGGGGGAAGUAAUGUAAAAACACCACCAACUUCUCCGCAGGCAAAGCAUUUGGAUAAAAAACAAAAUCAAAAUAAUGAUGACGAUGAUGAUGAUAAUGAAAAAACACAGGAAACAUCAUUACAAAAAAUUGAUCAGGUUUUAAAUGAUGAUGUUAGUAAUAAUCGCGAUAGAUUAUCGCCAUCGCCGGAAAAAGUAAUUGAUGAAAAAGUUGUCGAUAAAAUUGAGAGAAAGACGAAAAUUCUAAAUUCAACACUUGAUGAUAAAAAGCGAACGAUUAAGAAAUUAUUUUUAACCGAAAUGCCAAUGGAUUUUUAUCAAUUCUACGAAUUUUGCAAGGAAAAUUCAAAAGUUGAUCCAACAUUGGCAUUUAAAAUUGUUAAUUUAAAACUUGUUGGUCCAUUUGAUAUUAUGAGCGAACAACUUUCUGAAAUUCAGGAUCACGAUAAUUAUUUACGACACUGGAGAUAUUUUUACGAUCCACCAGAAUUUCAGACGAUUUUAAAAGGAAACGACAAAGACGAAUUGCACUUUGGUUAUUGGAGGGAUGAUCCCGAUAAAAUGCCAGUUUUUGUUGCAAAAAAUAAUGCAAAUGUUUCUUGCAAAAUCGUUCCAGUUGCUGAGAAUUUAUUCGGUGUCUUAGACUCUUAUCUCGAAGAGAGAACAAAGUUGGCAAAUCCAUUUGAAAAAACAACAAUUGCUCGUCUUCAUCAGAAAUUAAAAACCUUCGCCAAAGAGAAAAAUAUUACUUUAGAUAAACACACGUCUAGAAUGAAGGAAAGAGAAAAGAAAGUUCAGGCAAGAACAUUUCACGGUGCCGGAAUUGUUGUUCCCUUUGAUAGAAAAACACAAGUUGGCUAUAGAAAAAUGGCUACGAGUGAUGCUGAUUUACAGAAAAUGUUGAAGAAAAUCGAAGAGUCGAAUGGCAAUCAUUCGGGAAUGACGGAAUUACAAGAAGUUGUACGCUGGGCGACAAUAGCCGCUGACGAAUGUGAUUUUGGCACUUGUUUAGAAUUAGGCCACGAUCUUUUCUCAAGUGGUGUGCCACAAGUGAAAGAUAUGGCACUACAAAUGCUCACAAUUGCCUACAAUCAAUUAGAUCGUUCCGAUUUCCUGAAAAUUGCUCAAGUUCAUUUCAAGGAUAGAAAGAAGGGUUCAUCAUCACUCAGUUGCCUUUAAUUCUUCGUUUUUUUCCUGAAACGAUAAAAGGAAAAGAAAAAAUACAAACAAGGAAUAUUUAAAGAGGUGCCCAUUAUUUAAUUUUAUAAAUUAUUUUCUCAAUAUGUUAAUAAUGUUAACAUUAAUGUAUUAUUAAAUUAAUUAUCUCCUGUAAAAUUUAUACUUUACGAUUACUUGUUUUUUACUAUUUUCUUCACUGUUUUAGUUUUUCCUAUUUCUGUUUUUAAUUAACUUUUUGAUAGAAAUUUUCAAUGUAAUAUAUAUUUUUUUUUGGUGAAAUUUGAACAAUAUUUUUUUUGAAAUUUAUUGUAACAGAUGAGAAAAAUACUGAUAAACAAGUAAAAUCGUUGAGAGAAAUAAUUAUACAAUUGAAAUUUGUUUUGA